UACUUGAGUCAUAUGGAAGAGAACGACUCUUGCACUUGCUCUCUCGAAGAAGCAAGGUCGACCUUUCUUCGCACUCUAUUAAAAGUUGACCCCAACGAUUCUGAAGAUUUUGUUGAAUGGGUUAUGGAACAUUGUUCUAAUGCAUAUACCAGUAAACAUUCCGGAGAAACUAUUGAUGACACUUUGAAUUGGGCAGAGAAAAGGUUAAAAAAGAUCGCAAAGGACAUUAAAAGGAUAAUUCCACUGCAAGGAGUACUGGACACAGAAAAGAUCAGACACCCUGAAGAAGGAAAGGGCCUAGCGUGUCAACCUUCAACCACAGUGCAUGUUGACUCAUUCUUGUAUAGCGAUGAAGACAUCGAUAGACUUUGUGAUGAAGGAAAAAUGAGUCGUAACUACUGUAAACAAUGUGGAUCUCACAAUACCGCCCCACUAACUUUCAUCUCCCAUUCAUCGUCACUUGUGCAGUUAAAAUUCAUAUUUGAAGCAGCUCUUCCUUCCAUUGCAACAAAUCUAGCAGAUAGGUUGUUAGUUGAUGUUGGCUCCAGACUGGGUGCUGUUCUUUAUGGGGCUUAUCAUUUCAGUCCAAUAAAGAAGAUUGUUGGAGUUGAAAUUAACUUGGAGCUGUGCAAUUUACAACAAGAAAUAACAGAAAAGUACAGAAUGCAUGAUCGGGUUGAGAUUAGACAUGCUGAUAUUUGUAGUGAGCAAUCCCUCAUGGAACAAGCUGACAUUGUGAUUCUCAACAAUGUGUUUGAGUUUUUUUUAUCAACAGAUCAGCAAAUAAGAACCUGGAAAUUCAUCAGAGAGCAUGUGAUAAAACCAGGAUGUAUUUUAGUCACUGUUCCAAGUCUUGAAGAAGCCACAGUGUUCAACUAUAAGCCCUGUAUUGAUGUCAACAGUUGGGUAAAGCCAUGUACAGUUAACUAUGAUGUACCAGAAAUUUCUCUUUUAGAAGAAGACUUGGAUGAAGUACAGAACAUUUUCUUUUAUCAAGUGAAAUAAAAAAAAAUGUAUUCUUGUAAGUUCAAUAAGUUCGAUAACCAGUGUACAAAACAUUAAUGGUAAACUAAAUUAAUUUUUUUAUUUGGAUCUUAUGCUUCAUGAAAUCUACAGUAAAUGCUGAACAAGUUAAGUUACCAAAACUUUUGUUUCAUUAUUUACAAUUAGACUUGCUUGGAACAUGAUUGAUGUCUGAAUUUGUCAGGUAUGGCAUAUGUACAGCAAAGAAUACUAAUUCACAACAGAUAUGUUUGGUAAAUGCUUUGAAUAGCCUAUCGAAAUUCCAGAUGUCUAAAAUUUCAUUUGCCCCCAAGUGAGGACAUGCACCUCCUAACAAAGUAAUAAGUUAGUGCAGAAUGAUUUGUAAUAUCCUAAUAUGAACAAAAAUAAUUAAUUACAAACACUCAAAAAUCACCCAUUAGCAGAGCUGCAUCUUAGAAAAUUAAAACAAAUAACAGGUAAUGAAUGCUAGCUAUCACUGCAGAAUUCACUUUCCACUUUAUCUUCAUUUGCACUGUGAAAAGUUUAACAUUUGAUUAGUAAUUACAUAUCAAUAUUUAUUUGUCCUGCAAACUGAAGAUGUUAUCAAAUUUGAAUAAGCAAAGCUAUAUAAUAAUGAAAAAUGGAUUGCAUGCAGGAAGAGAGUGUGAAUACAGUUACCAACAGUGCAGUAUGUACAGAAUUAAUAAAUAUUGUAACUCAAAUCGCACUCCACACAGCUUCUCCCUAAAAAAAAAAA